AGAUGGCGGCGGCCAUGCCGCCUCCCGCCGCCGCUGCCUCACCCUCCUCACGCUCCUCUCCCUCCUUUCCGGGCCCUUUCUAACGGCCUCGCCGCCCCCGGGCUUGUCCCCGAGCCCUUCCCGGGCCCCGCCGUGAGGGCGCGGCCAUGGACGGGCCGGGCGCGGCGGCGGCGGCGGGCGCGGGGCCCGGUCCCACCAACGUUCCCGCCUUCCUCACCAAACUCUGGAUGCUCGUGGAGGAUCCCGACACCGACUCGCUGAUCUGCUGGAGCCCCAGCGGGAGCAGUUUCCACGUGUUCGACCAGGGCCAGUUCUCCAAGGAGGUGCUGCCCAAAUACUUCAAGCACAACAACAUGGCCAGCUUCGUCAGGCAGCUCAACAUGUACGGCUUCCGGAAGGUGGUGCACAUCGAGCAGGGCGGGCUGGUGAAGCCGGACAAGGACGACACCGAGUUCCAGCACCCGUUCUUCCUGCGCGGCCAGGAGCGCCUGCUCGAGAACAUCAAGAGGAAAGUCACCAGCGUGUCGUCGCUGAAGGGGGAGGAGGUGCGCGUGCGGCAGGACAGCGUGGCGCGGCUGCUGGCCGACAUGCAGGCCAUGCGGGGCAAGCAGGACAGCCUGGACUCACGGCUGCUGGCCAUGAAACAGUGAGGAAAUCCGGGAAUAAAAACUGGGAAUAAAUCUGGG